UAAUUACUGAAGGUUACUCAUUUGUGAUGUCAAGGAGGAGCAGAGAAUAAAACAGUAAAGCAGACAAAAAAAUUACAUCAUAUGGGAGAAAGAUACUCUAAAGUGUGGAAUAAAAACUCAGGCAGUUAUUCUAAUAAUAAAAAAAAGUCAAGAGAUGGAGGUGCGACCUCGACCAGAACUGUUUGACUUCCAUGGAGUUGGCAUGAUCACAGACUUUACAGAAAACUGGGACAACAUACAGAACUUCAAAGCAAGACCAGAUGAUAUUCUUAUUGCUACGUACCCUAAAGCAGGAACCACAUGGGUCUCCUACAUCCUAGAUCUUCUGUAUUUUGCGCACAUGGGUCCAGACCGUCAGACUUCCAUCCCUCUUCAUGACAGAGUACCCUUCCUGGAGAUAUGCGAACCCCCUAUGCCCAAAGGUACAGACUUGGCAGACAAACUUCCCACCACUCCUCGUCUCAUUAAAACUCAUCUACCAGUCCAGUUUGUACCAAAGUCCUUCUGGGAGCAGCGCUGCAGGGUAGUCUACGUGGCCCGCAAUGCAAAGGACAAUGCAGUGUCCUACUUCCAUUUUGAACGCAUGGACAGUGGUAUGCCAGAACCGGGGAAAUGGAGCACCUUCCUGCAGAACUUCAUGGAGGGGAAGAUGGUUUUUGGAUCGUGGUAUGACCAUGUGAACGGCUGGUGGGAGAAGAAGCAGACUUAUUCAAGUUUUCACUUCAUGUUCUAUGAAGAUUUGAUUGAGGUAUCAUGAGUUGUGCUAAAGAAUGCCAUUUACAACAAAGCUCAUUACAUUAAAAAGUGUCUUGAGUUUGUUAAUAAACACGUUGCCCUUGCUGAAAGAUUAAAUAGCUUUUAGGAAAUACUUAGCCUUCGUCUGGUGUUCU